UCCAGGUCCCACCGCCGUGUCCGCCGCUGCCGCGCCGCUUCCCGAGGAUCGCGGAGACCCCCCCGGAACCGAAAAUGCCGAAGCCGAUCAAUGUCCGAGUCACCACCAUGGAUGCGGAGCUGGAGUUCGCCAUCCAGCCGAACACCACAGGAAAGCAGCUUUUUGAUCAGGUGGUGAAGACCAUCGGCCUGCGGGAAGUGUGGUACUUCGGCCUCCAGUACGUAGAUAAUAAAGGAUUUCCUACCUGGUUGAAACUUGAUAAAAAGGUGUCGGCCCAGGAGGUCAGGAAGGAGAAUCCCCUGCAGUUCAAGUUCAGGGCGAAGUUCUACCCGGAGGACGUGCCUGAGGAGCUCAUCCAGGACAUCACCCAGAAGCUCUUCUUCCUCCAAGUGAAGGAGGGCAUCCUGAGCGACGAGAUCUACUGCCCCCCCGAGACCGCGGUGCUCCUCGGCUCCUACGCCGUGCAGGCCAAGUUUGGAGACUACAACAAAGAAAUGCACAAGUCCGGGUACCUCAGCUCCGAGCGGCUGAUCCCCCAGAGAGACAGCGCCAUGCUGGAGUACCUGAAGAUCGCCCAGGACCUGGAAAUGUACGGGAUCAACUAUUUUGAGAUAAAAAAUAAGAAAGGAACAGACCUGUGGCUUGGAGUGGAUGCCCUGGGACUCAAUAUUUACGAGAAAGAAGAUAAGUUGACCCCAAAGAUUGGCUUCCCGUGGAGUGAGAUCAGGAACAUCUCUUUCAAUGACAAGAAGUUUGUCAUCAAGCCCAUCGACAAGAAGGCGCCUGACUUCGUCUUCUACGCCCCCCGCCUGCGCAUCAACAAGCGGAUCCUGCAGCUCUGCAUGGGGAACCACGAGCUGUACAUGCGCCGCAGGAAGCCCGACACCAUCGAGGUGCAGCAGAUGAAGGCCCAGGCCCGCGAGGAGAAGCACCAGAAGCAGCUGGAGCGGCAGCAGCUGGAGACGGAGAAGAAGAGGCGAGAGACCGUGGAGAGAGAGAAGGAGCAGAUGAUGCGGGAGAAGGAGGAGCUGAUGCUCAGGCUCCAGGACUACGAGCAGAAGACCAAGAAGGCCGAGAAAGAGCUCUCGGACCAGAUCCAGAGGGCCCUGCAGCUGGAGGAGGAGCGGAAGCGGGCGCAGGAGGAGGCAGAGCGCCUGGAGGCCGACCGCAUGGCUGCGCUGCGCGCCAAGGAGGAGCUGGAGAGGCAGACGGUGGAUCAGAUAAAGAGCCAGGAGCAGCUGGCCGCGGAGCUCGCAGAGUACACCGCCAAGAUCGCGCUGCUGGAGGAGGCGCGCAGGCGCAAGGAGGACGAGGUGGAGGAGUGGCAGCACCGGGUGAGUGGGGCGGGGCGCGGGCGGGCCAGGCUGCCAGGUGCACGGAAACCUGGGGGGCGUUUCGCAUGCCCUGCCGAUACUGGUCCUUCUUAGAGAGGUUCCCACGGGAACGGGCCUGUGGGAUCACAGGGGAACAAAGAGCCGCCUUGAUACUUAGAAAAAGGCCACCCUGAGCGUUCCGCCCCACCGGGCAGGCCCCCCCC